AUGGCGAUACUAUUUCACCCGUGGAUGAAGACGGUCUUCUUCACUGUCUUUCUGUCCCUAUCGCCUGUCAUUUCCGCAGUCAACCACCACGAUCACGACCCUGAUCUCUUCCACUACAAGACCAGACCCGACCUCAAACCGCCGAAAUGGGACAUCAUCGUCCACGACGAGUCGAGGCUCACGACAGGCUACUGGUUCGUCGGGAUCAAGCCUUCCCUCGACAAGACGAUAGGAACAGACCAGCCGUGGUUCGGACCGCACAUAUAUGACCAACAAGGGGAGCUGGUAUGGAGCGGCUCGCGGCAGUUGGACACUUCCAACGUAAUGGACUUCCGUUUGAGCAAGAUCAAGGGGAAGGACCAUCUGACUGUUCUGGACCGCGAUCGCCGGGAAGGGCUGAUAAUCAACGACAACUACGAGUUGGUGGACUCGUUCCCGGUGGAUUGGGACCACCGCGAUAAUGUGAAUGGGCACGAGCUGAACUUUGUGGGUGAUGGAUCCAAGGUGCUUGUCGUGAGGAACAACAAAGAGGAGUCGACACCAGGGGAGGGGGAAUCAAUAGGCCAUUCCGGACCAUGCCGGGCCAACUACAAUGGUAUGCGAGAGCUGGACGGCAAUGCCCUUUGGAUGCCAAUUUUCGACUGGACAGCUCUGGGCCACAUCACGCUCAACGAGAGCACGGAAAAAGGCGGCAAUAUCGACCACAAAUGCGAGAAUGACUGGGAUUUCAUCCACACGAAUUCUCUCGACAAGACCGACGACGGCGACUACAUCCUCUCCGGCCGCCACACCAGCACCAUCUACAAGAUCUCGCACGUGGACGGCCACAUAGUCUGGCGGAUGGGCGGCAAGUUCUCCGACUUCGACAUGGGCGGCAUCGAGUUCUCCCGCCAACACAACAUCCGCUACCAAGGCGAGAACCACACCCACAUGCUCGUCUCCUUCCUCGACAACGCCAAAGGCCAAGACGCCAACCCCCCCUCCCACGACUUCUCCCGCGGCCUUCUGCUCGCUCUCAACAAGCACGAAAUGACCGUCACCAUGGAACACCACUACGACCACCCGUACAGAGACCACGAGAACUGGCACUACGCCAACCGCCGCGGCAGCUUGCAAAUCCUGCCCAAUCGCAACGUCCUCAUGGGCUGGUCCGAACAGGCGCUGCAGACCGAACACACCGAAGACGGGGAGAUCCUCAUGGAAGCCGUAUUUAUAGCAGACUGGGUCGGCGCCUACCGCAACUACAAAUUCGACUUUGUCGGCAAACCGCUCACCCGGCCUGACGUCUACGCCGUCUCCUACAACGAAGACGAGUUCGGUGAUAAAAUCCCCACCACCGACGUCGCCGUGUCCUGGAACGGGGACACCGAAGUCCGCACCUGGAAGCUCUACGCCCGGGUGGAAAACGACCGGGACGAACAUCUCAUGGAGACGCUCCCGCGCAGCGGCUUCGAGACGUCGUUCCACCACGACGGCCUGUGGCGGACCGUGCGGUUCGAAGGGCUCGAUUCCAAGAACAAAACCAUCGUCGACUCCGGCGAGAUCCGCGUGGAACAGCAUCCCUCCCCGCCACCGUUUGACGCGUACAAAGACCCCGCCGAAGGCAUCUCCGCGAACCGGUAUAAAGAAGACGGGCGGUUUCUCGGGAACCCGCAUGUCACGUUCGCUUUACUCUUCAUCUUAGGCGGGGUGUUGAGCGCUUUCGCGGUUCUGCUUGGAUGGCUAGGUUUCUUGCCGCUGAGGUGGUUGACGGAGCGGACGAGGGGGUUGAGGGAGGUGGUGCGGUACAAGAAGGUGGCGAGGGAUGAGUUUGAGGAGGAAGAGGAGGGGAUGGGGUUGCCGUUGGCGAACGGGAAUGGGAAGUUGAGGUUGCAGAGCCCGCAGAGUCCGCAUGAGCCGCCUUAG